UCACUGUGAUAACCAUGGCUAACAGCGCCCCCUAUAGAUAAACCGUUACACAGACAUUUUCUGAUAACGGCCAAAAUGAAAAUCCAAGUACAUGAUUUAUGCCUAGUAUAUGGAUUCUGUAUCAUAUUCCUUCGUUUGAGUGAAGCCCUUGUCUGUUUUUCCUGUCGUUCUGAGGACGAUCCGAGACACUGCAGUAUCACUGAACUUUGUCAAGACCACGAGGUGUGCAUUGUGACAGAGUUCAUUGAUAACGCCUUUAACUUUAAGUACAGCUUGGGAUGUGCUUCACAAACAGUUUGCAGAUCUGGAUCAAGAGGAGUCUUGAAGAGAAGUCUGUCCAAGCAAUGUUGUUCAGCGGAAAGGUGUAAUCAGGGAUUCCCUGGUUCACUUCCAACACAAAUAACAAAUUCAACAACAGCAAAAACAACAACAACAACAACAACCGAUACACCAUUAACGACAAGUGCAACAACAAAGAUACCAACUACAACAACAAACGUGAAAACAACAACAAGCUUACCAACAACACACGCCCCGUCUCACUCGGCCCCACUCGAACACACCACACACAAACACCACCACCAUCAUCACAAUGACGGUGGAUGCCGUAGAGAGAACUGGAUGAGAUAUGGCCACCAUUACUACUACUCCUCGGAGCUUCACUCCCGCCAGAGACUGGUCAGAGACGAGGCAGUGGAGGCGUGUAGGGUGUGUAACAUGACUCUUCUAAGCAUCCACAGCUCAGAGGAGCAGAGGUUUGUCCACGAGACACUCACACACAAAAAUGAGAUAUGGCUAGGAAUGCAGUCCAAUGUAUGGCUUGAUACCAGCCCACGUGAUUUCAGUAAUUGGCGGGACCCUAAGUUUUCAGACUACCCCUGUAUAGUGAUGGACACCAACCAGCAAUGGCACCCUGAGCAUUGCCACAGGACUCACCUCUACGUCUGUAAAAGACCAGUGGAUCAGUAAAAUGAGCUACAAGUCUUCUUCCUUGGUACUUUGUUAAUUUUAAACUCUUCUUAAAGCACUACGUGUAAAUGAUUUCCAUUUUACACGUCGAGAUAUUGUGCUUCAAUAUAUUUUUUAACCCGUUUUUUAAAGAGACUUAUACACAAUUUGAGCUCAAAAUUUUUAAUUUUAUUUUUCCCUUUUUAAUGUUGAUCAGAAUGGUUGAUAUGGGUAUUUUAAUGCUUUGUCAAAAUUUGAAAGUCAACUAUCGAGUUAUAAGCAAGAUACAGAGUUUGAAAUUCUAAAUAAAACUCAAGCCUUGUUAUCAAAUUGUUUAUAAAUAUGUCUUUUAUUAGUAUAACUUUCAAUCAAAUGUUGCUUUCUUCUGUUGAUAAUGUUUAUAUUUACAUCUUUCUUUUAACAAAUUAAUAAAAGAGUCGAAAAAAGUAAGAAAAUUAACUACUAGUAAAUUAUUGUCAAUGUUAUGGUGGCAUAUCU